AUGGCUGACAUUGCUACUCAGGAAGAAGAGCUGAAGGAGUUCAGGGAUCAGUAUGACACAUGUCAGGCCGGCCUACAGAGUGACCCCGAUAAUACAGAGCUUGCGGCCCUCCUGUCUGAGAUCGGAGAACUGAUCAGCCUGUCUGAAAUCGCUAUCGCCGAACAAAAGGCCGCACAAGCUGCAGCUCAAAAGAAAGCGCCUAAGGAUGGCCGUUUCAAGAAUAACAGCUUCCAAAAGGCCGAUAAGGAUGAAGCCCCCACACCUGCAGCCCCCGCUUCAUUCGCGGUCAACGAUAAUGUCCUCGCGCGAUGGGUUUCUGGCGACAAUGCCUUCUACCCGGCCAAGGUUACCUCCAUAACGGGCUCAUCGGCCAACCCAAUGUAUCUGGUGUCAUUCAAGUCAUAUUCGACAGUGGAAAACCUGACAGCCAAGGACCUCCGACCCAUUUCCGGAUCUGACUCACGCAAGCGCAAGGCUGAUGGAAACCCAGGCAGUUCGGCGUCUCCCUCGCCCGCGCCCCCCGGUGUGAUCUCCGCCGCAGCAGACAUUAACCCCGCGCUGGCUACUCAGGCUCGCAAUGAACCAAGCCUGGCUAGUGAUGGACCUCCUCGACCACCCAAGGUUCCUCGCAAAGUGAAGGCGAAAAAGGAGCUGGAGGAAGGCAAGAAUAAGUGGCAGGACUUUUCGGCCAAGGCCAAGGGCAAAGGCAAAUUCGGCAAGAAGGAAAGCAUGUUCAGAACCGGUGAAGGUGUCAAUGCACGAGUCGGUUUCACGGGCUCCGGUCAAACCAUGCGCAAGGAUCCCACUCGGUCUCGUCACAUUUACCAACAAGUGGAAGAUGAAGGCUACUAG